AAAGGAAAUCGGCAAAUAAGCUUUGCUUCGACUGCACGGCGCCGCCCUUGCAGUCUUCUCUAUCCAGAAACACCGACGCCGGCAUCGCCACUCCCUACGCGACGACGAAGCCGCUCACCUCGAGCACGUGUCGCCUCUUCUCGGAUCGCCGGCUCGAUAGCUCCUACCCUCUUCUCCUUCGACCUUUGUCGAAACUGUCGCUGCUGGAAGAUCGAUGGCUUUCGCCCAGAUUAAUUGUCUUGCGUUGGGAAUGAGAACGAGCAUGAAGCCAUCCUUAGGCGGGAUUCGCCCUUUACCACUGUUGCGUAGGUUUUCUUCUCCCGAUCUUAUGGAGCAGAGGGCCAAGUGGUUCAGAGUUCCUGCCGUUAGGGUUUCCAACGUCAGCAACAAAAAGCUUUUCGUUUCCAUGUGCGUCAAUGGAAGUAGCUCUCAGAGCAAUUUAGAGGCUGAUACUGCUACAAUUUAUCCAGAGGAUAAGCUAGAUAAAACUGAGUCUAUUGAGUCUAGUCCAGUUGUGGAACUAGUCAAUGAAAAAACAGGUACUGAGAUUCAUCAUCAAGAAGAAGCUGUCAUCCCAACCCAAAGAAGUGCAAGAAUACAUGAUUUUUGCUUGGGAAUCCCCUAUGGUGGAUUUCUGUUCUUUGGUGGGUUGCUUGGAUUUGUUUUCUCCAGAAAUCCUACAGGUUUGAUAUUUGGUAGUGCUAUCUCAGCUCUGAGUAUAUUUAGUCUAAUGGUUUGGAGCGCUGGAGGAUCCAGCAUACCAUUCAUUUUGGGUCAAACAGCAUUUUCUGUUGCGUUUCUCUGGAGGCAUUUGCAGUCAUUCUCCUUGUCAAAGAAGCUCUUCCCUGCAGUAUUCUACAUAGCAUUAAGCGCUGCAAUGAUCUGCUUCUAUGCGUAUGUGCUCAUCUCCGGUGGAAACCCACCGCCAAAGAAGUUAGCAAAAGCUCGAUCGGCGCAGUAACCACCACAAAUUAAUACUAAAACUACUAGAGCUUGACGAUGCUGCAGAAUCUAUGGUUUUGAUAACCCAAGAGCACAGGGAUUAUAUAGCGGAAAAUAAAAUUCAUUAUGACAUAAAUACAAACUUGUUACUGUGGUUAUGAUAGAAUAUUUUUUUAUAAUAUCUGCUGAAAUAAUUUGAUGCAUUUGGUAUAAAAAGUCUAUUUCAUGGGUGCGGUUCAAA